CCAGUCAGGGCGCCGUAUCUCUCCUGUUAGUACCAGGAAGCCCCGCCCUGAGGGAAGUGAAAGUGUCGGUAGGAGCGGUAGGAGCGGAGCCGGUCGGUGCUGAGGGGCGGUAGGAUGAUGUUGUGGCGGUGCCGGGAGGUUGUUUCUCUGCUGCUGUUCGUUGUAUCGAUCGUUCGGUGCCAGGUCACCAUACCUAAGGCUGUUAAUGAGUCGGUAACGUUUACCCUGCUGCCCUAUGAUGGAGCCACAGAGAUCACGUGGAAGAUUGGGCCGGACAAGUUGGCAGAAAUUGAUGAGACAAACAAGCCAUAUUUUUAUCGCUUGGGGGACAAAGCUGCAGCGACCUUCUCCCCCGGGAGUCUGACCAUUAAUCGGCUGGAGAAGAAGGACAGUGGCACUUACACGGCUGAGGUUCAGGUCGGGAGACAAACUCACACUCAAACUUUCCAACUAGCGGUGUAUGAUGCUGUUCUGGAACCGAAUGUGACUUGUACCGAGGGGGAGGAGCCGAAUACCAUCGACCUGCGCUGUUUCUCCCCAGGGGAUGGGACGUAUCAGUGGCGGAAUGGCACCCGUUCUGGUUCCGGCCCAGUCCUAGUCCUGUCUGAGCAACAGAAUCACACUAUUACUAAAGCAAACGCUUAUGGAGUUGUGACCUGCGUUGUUACAAACCCCGCCUCCUCCAAGAACAGAUCCCUCCCACUCUCCUCCUGUGUCAAAGAGACGAGCUCCAGAACGCAUAUCGUCAUUGUUAUUGUCCUGCUGGUGAUUGGCAUUGUCAUUGGCAUUAUCGCUGGGCUCUGGAUUCUUUAUAAGAAGAAUAAGUUAGGGAUGUGUCGCCCCGAGGAAGAGGGAACGAAGCCAAAGGGUCAGGAAGGAGAGAGCCUCAGAUCCCAGGAUGGGGCGAGUACGAUCCCGGAAGUUAUAGUAACGAAUACAAGGAAACUGGAGCCGGAUGAAUGAUUCUGAUUGGACAGUAUUGGGAGGUUCCUGCACAGAGACACUUCUGUGUCAUUCCUGAGGGGGCGGUGCCAGCACUUGUUUGUGGGACAAGAAGCCCCGCCUUUCCCUGGAGUGGGCCCCUCCCACGGAACUGUGCAGAACUGGGAAGGAAGUGUCUUUAUACUCGCUUGCUUUGUACAUGGAUCUGCCACACAGUGUUCUGCCCCUAAAGGCACCGCCCCCUCAUAUCCAUGCCCCUCCUCCCCCUGCCAUGGAAUAUUGGGCUGCAGUGUAGGCAGCAUCAUUGCACUGACCCCGCCCAUAUCAACUGCUUUUUAUUCUUAUGUAUUUAUUGUGCGAACGGAAGGAACAUCACGGGGCCCCAGCGGACUGCCCUGGGGGGGCCCCUCUAGAUCCCGCCUCCUCCUGCCCGAGCUGGAUUGGACUCAGUGGGAGAACUGUAUUUUAGCUUUGUGUGUCUGUGUGUUUUAUACGAGGCGCUUUGGGGCGAAACUAAUAAUCCCAAGAUCGAUUUUUAUUUUUUGCGGUGCAAGGAAAUGGGGACACAGGAAGCGCAGUCUGAACUCAGAUUUAGCAAAUCUAGAAGAAAGUCUGGCAACUGAAUUCUGGGAAGAUUCUAUAAAAGGUCCAAAAGUAACUCCAAACCAUGAAAGUCUCUUACAGUAAUACCAAUAUAAUGUACUGCUGCCUGCACCGGUA